AAAUAAAGAGCGGACCCGUGCGGUUAGCAUGUCCAGUAUAGUAAAGGCGGUUAGUUUUGAAUGCUCGUGUGUUUCUCAUCUUAAACUACAAACCGGUAGUUCCGCUGGAACCCCUUCAUGUGUUUAUAAACUACAGAAAGAAACGUUUAAACCGGAACUCCGUGAGAAAGGUGACACCCCGCGCACCGCCUGCUGGGUAAUAUGUUAACGACAGAGCUACGUUGAUUGGAGCUCUGCAGCGCGUGGAGGCAGAAAGUCAAAAAAGACCCAAAAAGCAGACCGGACGACAAGUUUAGAUGAAGACUCGGCGGUGAAGGAGAAGCUACGGAAGCUGCUGAAGACAUGUCUGUCUCUCUGUCAGCAGAGAGAGACAGGAUCCAGCGACAGGUGGAGGAGCUGGAACGGAGUCUUUCUGCAACAAAUGCUGAACUGGAGCUGCUGAGCAGUGAGACAGAUGAUAAAUCAGAUGAUGAUGAUGCCACGGAUGAGGAGGAGGAGGAGGAGAGACAGUCUGCAGCAGGUCUGCUGGCUCAGAGAGAGAAGAUCCAAAAAGAGAUCCAGAACCUGGAGAACGCCCUGGGACCCAUCUGUGUGUCAGAUGAUGACAGCAGCAGUGAGGAGAGUGAGCUGGGUCUACCUCCAUCGGUAGACUCGUGUCUACAGAUGAAUCUGGUCUAUCAGCAGGUCGUUAAAGAGACUCUGGACCAGCUGGAGGCUCUGCUGACUCAGAACCACAAGCACCAGAAGGAACUGCUGUCUCAGCUGUCUGGACCAAUGAAAGGUUACACCAGGGAACAGUCCGCCCCCUCCUCCUGCCAGCAGCCAAUCAGCAUGUUCUUAGGACGCUUCCUCAAACCGUACUUCAAGGACAAACUGACAGGACUGGGUCCUCCAGCCAAUCAGGAGGCGAAGGAGAAGGCCGUCAGGAUGACCGGCAGUCUGGACGACAGGAAACUGAGAGUCAGACGCUGGGAGAGCUGGCAGAAGACUCUGUUGAUCCACUCAGUAACCAGUGACAGUCUGAGGAAACUCAUCCAACCCAAACUCUCCAAGUUGGACUACCUGAGUCAGAAGCUGUCGUCUGCUGCAGAGACAGACAGGCAGCAGCUCCGAGAGCAGAUAGACAGGCUGGAGAGAGACAUCGACCUGCUCAGAGAGAAGACAGAGGCGGAGCUGAUCGGGGAUCAAUACGAUGAACACGAUUGGCAGAAAAUCUCUAAUGUUGAUGUAAGUAGAGAAUCAACCAAUCACAGAGUCUUCUCUUGAUUACAUCAGCUGGUGUGUAAGACCAGCUGGACUAAAUGUGAAGUAUGUCAGCUCAGGGAGCUCAGCAGGACCCACGGAGAGAGGCACUGGGACCACAUCGCUGCACAGCUGGGGACGGGGAGGACAGCCUUCAUGUGUCUGCAGACCUUCCAGCGGUUCGUGUCUGACUCGUUGAAGCGAGGCAGCUGGACUCCGGCCGAAGACGAGACGCUCAGAGAACUCGUGGACCAGAUGAGGAUCGGAAACUUCAUCCCCUACACGCAGAUAAGUUACUUCAUGGAGGGUCGGGACCCGUCUCAGCUGAUCUACAGGUGGAACCAGGUUUUGGAUCCGAGCCUUAAGAAAGGAUUCUGGACCAAACAGGAGGACGAGCUGCUGCUGAAGGCCGUGUCUCGUUACGGAGAGAAGGACUGGUGGAAGAUCCGCUUCGAGGUUCCUGGACGCACUGACAGCGGCUGCAGAGACAGGUAUUAUGACUGUUUAAAGGCGGGGACAAAGAAAGGACCGUUUGACCAACAGGAGAAAGACCUGCUGAGACAGCUGGUGGAAAAACACGGAGUCGGUCGCUGGGCGAAGAUCGCUGCAGAGAUUCCUGAUCGUUACGAUGCUCAGUGUCUGAGAGAGUGGAGGAAACUGAGCAAGCCUCCACCACCUCCACCUGCUCAGAAAGAUAAAAGAGCUCCAAAGAGCCGCAGAGUGAAGAGGAGGAGGAAGGCUGGGCCGGCCAGGAGGAGAAUCCGGAGACGCCUGAUGAAACUGAAGGUGGAGGAGCUCAGCGUGGAGGAGAGCAGCGAGGACGAGACCUUGGUGAUCGAGUACAUGGACAGUGAUGAAGAGGAGAAGAAGAAGAAGCAAAAGAAGGAGGAGGAGGAGGUUCAGAUCAGUGAGGAGGAAGAGGAGGAGGAAGAAGAGUACAUCUUACCGCCCAUGCAGGAGUGGAUCCCAGUGGAAGAAGCUCAAACUAACAGCUCCCUGAGCUUUCGACCGGCCGAGUUACCUUCCUCCGCCGUCGCUGACAACCCCGUACGUGUGCGCUCGACCAUCGUGGGCCAAUACGGUCGCUCGGUAAUCAUCGGGCCGCGUCCCAGACAGCUGCAGUGGGAGGGUCACCACGGCAACAACGCCACGACGAUGAUGAUGGUGACUCGGAGCCAGCUCCAAACGCACCUGCAGCGCCAGGCGCAAACCUCCUCCGACAGCAGCCAGCACCCCGGCCCCCGAGGGAAGGUCCAGAUCGACAAAAACAACCCGCUGGGUCGAGUGAUGGACAGACGUCUGGGAUGCAGGCUGCAGGCUGCCGUCACACCGUGGAUCGGUUACCUGCUGAUCCACGCCGAGGGCGAGAAGAAGAAGAAGAGACGCAAAGCGACGGCGGCAGACGUCCUGAGGCAGCGAGCGGAGAAGAGGGAGGAGCGUCUCUCCACUCCGUUCUUCCUGCUCCUUCUGCAGAGCCAGAACGUGGACGCCUUGGGCUGCAAGGAGAUGAUCGAGCAGCGCAGGAAGAAGGUGGCGUCCACAGUGGCGAGGCCACGCCCGCGGCCACCGGUGGCGUCCACCGGCGGGACGAAGAGUGUUGCAGAAAUACUGUAUCAGAAAACCAUGAAGGAGGAGCAGCAGGAUCUGGACCUGCAGCACCAGCUGAUCCUGAGUCAGCUGCAGACCCUGCAGCAGCAGCAGCAGCAGCAGAGAGCCAAACAGAACCAUCUGCUGCUCCAACAGCGUGCACGACAGCAGCGACCUGCGCUCCCCUCUCAGAAUCAGCCCGGCUUUCUUCUUCAGAUGCCUCCUCAGAUGAAUCCUAGGAUGUUGUUUCGUCAACCUGUCUUCAUUCCUGUCACGCGACCUUGCGCUCCCCCCAUCCAGUUCAUGUCUCCCUCUGCCCUGAACAGACCUUCACCUGUGACGGUCGUCACAUCUCCGUAUCCUGCCCGUCCUGCGUCUCACCCACUGGGUGUCCCUUCUUCUGUCACUGUGGUCCCAAUGCGCCUGAAUGCCACAUCCACUUCCCCUGUCUCUUUUCGCCAACAAGCUGUACCUUUGACUCAAAACCCUGUCCCUGCUUCGGCCCCUUACCUUGCUCAGCAGCAUGUUUCUGUUGCUUCUACGCUGCCCGGUCAGCACGUUGCUCCCUCCGAAUCCACUGCCUCCGUCGCCUGCCCCAGUCCGUCUAGCUCCAUCUCUAGUUCAUCCAAACGGGGGAGGAAAAAGGUGGCAGAGGAUCAAGUGGCUGGUAGCAGCAGUCAGAGUGGGGAGGAUAUGAGCGGGGCAAGCGAUUGUGUGGACGGGGCAAAGGACAGUGCGAUUAAAGAUGGAAGGAGGAUUCGGAAGCCGAGCCAGAAGGCCAAAGCUCUGCAAGAAGCCAUCGUAGCCAGGGCUGAAGCCAUCAAGAAAGCUGCUUCAUCUCCGCGAAAGAAAGCUCAGCUCCAGAACACAAACUCUCCUCCGACAGACAUUCCUGUUCCCUCCCAAACAGUCCUUCCUGUUCCCUCCCAAACAGUCAUCCCUGUUCCCUCCCAAACAGUCCUUCCUGUUCCCUCCCAAACAGUCCUUCCUGUUCCCUCCCAAACAGUCCUUCCUGUUCCCUCCCAAACAGUCAUCCCUGUUCCCUCCCAAACAGUCCUCCCUGUUCCCUCCCAAACAGUCCUUCCUGUUCCCUCCCAAACAGUCCUCCCUGUUCCCUCCCAAACAGUCCUCCCUGUUCCCUCCCAAACAGUCCUCCCUGUUCCCUCCCAAACAGUCCUCCCUGUUCCCUCCCAAACAGUCCUUCCUGUUCCCUCCCAAACAGUCCUUCCUGUUCCCUCCCAAACAGUCCUCCCUGUUCCCUCCCAAACAGUCCUCCCUGUUCCCUCCCAAACAGUCCUUCCUGUUCCCUCCCAAACAGUCCUUCCUGUUCCCUCCCAAACAGUCCUCCCUGUUCCCUCCCAAACAGUCCUCCCUGUUCCCUCCCCAACAGUCCUCCCUGUUCCCUCCCAAACAGUCCAAACUGUUCCCUCCCAAACAGUCCAAACUGUCCUUCCUGUUCCCUCCCAAACAGUCCUCCCUGUUCCCUCCCAAACAGUCCUCCCUGUUCCCUCCCAAACAGUCCUCCCUGUUCCCUCCCAAACAGUCCCCCCAAAUGUCCUUCCUGUUCCCUCCCAAACAGUCCUCCCUGUUCCCUCCCAAACAGUCCUCCCUGUUCCCUCCCAAACAGUCCAAACAGUCCUCCCUGUUCCCUCCCAAACAGUCCAAACAGUCCUCCCUGUUCCCUCCCAAACAGUCCUCCCUGUUCCCUCCCAAACAGUCCUCCCUGUUCCCUCCCAAACAGUCCUCCCUGUUCCCUCCCAAACAGUCCUCCCUGUUCCCUCCCAAACAGUCCUUCCUGUUCCCUCCCAAACAGCCCUCCCUGUUCCUUCAAAAACAGUAGUCCCUGUGAACUUGUCCCGGUUGCCCCUGAAUGCCACAGCAGCCUGCUCUGAUAGGAGUGUGUCCUCAACUCAUAACCUCAGUUUAGCACCGCCUGCUUCCUCCACAAUAAGCCUACUUCCUUCUUUCCCUAAAGAGCAUGACUACACCUUUAUAAAUCCUGGCCCUACCCCGAGUCAACGUAGCUCAAAGUCCAUUCAACCGAGCCCUGACUCCGGCUCCAACGAGCCUCCCCAGAGGGUGGAGGAGCAGCCGUGCGUUUCAAGCAGUCAAGACGACCAAUGUGAGAGCGAGACAGGUGCAGGUGGGAGCCAGAAAGGAAAGAGAACCCGGAAACCGACUCAGAGGGUCAAAGAUCUUCAGGAAGCCACUCAGGCGAAGGUUGAAGCCAAGAAGAAGAAAGCUUUGAAGCCUCCUCGGGAGAAGCGCCCUCCUAAGUCUCGCGCUAAAAAGAAAGUUAUGGUGAAGAACGAGCCGGCGAUUCAACCCCGCGGCUUCCAUUUACUUCCCAAUCAGUCGAUGUGGGUCAUGACUCCCGGGGGUCUGGUCCAGCUGACAGAAGGCCCUCAGCCAGGCCUGCAGCUGGCGUUGCUACCAAACGCUCGCCUCCAAGCUCCACACGGGAAUGUUUUGAACCAUCCGGUCACGCCCGCUCUGCGAUUCACCGCCGGCAGCCCGCAGUUUACCGCACCCCAACCCACCACUGCUGUAUCUGUCCCCUUAAACCGCCCCUUUAUGAAUCAGCCACACCUUCCUGCUGGGCCCACCUCUGCAUUCAGGCCCAACCCACCAGCCUUCAUCCUGCAACCAGUCUCAAACCCCCGUCUCCCCCUGCCUCCCCCUAAACUCUUCCUGCCGUAUAAAGGCGCAGUUACAGCGGACCCGAGAGCGCCCCCUCCCCUCAGGCGGGAGGCGCUGCAGUUCGACCCCUCCCUGAUGUUCCUUGAGCCCAAGGACGCGGUGCAGGAUUGGCUGAGCGGUCAGGGAGGCGUGGUGGUACCUGGAUUGAGCGUGGCUCUUCCCUACCUGCCGCCCUUCGUCAGCAGUCUGAGCACGCUCAGUGCGCUGCUUCGGGCCAAGAAGUCUCUGACCAAAUCAUUCCUGAAGCUGCUGAGUCAGCGCUCCCAACCCCGACGCCCCAACAGACCCGGCAGCUGCACCCAGAGGACAUCCAGACCGUCUCCAGACCUGCCGGACUCCACCUCUGACCUCCAACCAGCCGAGGACUCUCCAGCGACAGCGUCCAUUAGCUCCGCCCCCCCGCAGGAAGGGGAGGAGGCAGCGGCGUCCGUUAGCUCCGCCCCCCCGCAGGAGGACAUGGACCCGGCGGAGGUCGUGGCGGUGGCGCGGCUGCUGGUGGCGGAGCGGUUCUCCAGUAACCCCGCCUACCAGCUGCUGAAGGCCCGCUUCCUGUCCUGCUUCACCGUCCCCGCCCUCCUGGCCGCCAUGCAGCCAAUCGGAGAGAAGACUGCCGGCGAGGACGAGGAAGAGGAGGACGAGGUGGACGUGAAGACGCUCAAAGAGAGAGGAAGACGCCGGAGAGCAGAGAGAUCUUUGCUGCUGUGUGACGGGUCCGGAGCCUCAGCCAAUCACUUCUCAGGAAUCAACAACCGCACACCGGACCAGACGGUCUCCGUCCAAUGAGAGCGCAGAUCUCAUCCUCGUUAAACCUGUUGGAGGAGUUCAAACAAGACUGUUGGUCUUAAAGAAAUGGUUCACUUCUGUUUUGGUCUCAGAGCUCAAAUCUGAGAGUAAGGCUGCAUCUCCACUGCUCCGUUCCCCCCUCUCAUUCCCCCUGCUCUGGUGUUUCCCCCUCUCAUUCCCCCUGCUCUGGUGUUUCCCCCUCUCAUUCCCCCUGCUCUGGUGU